AUGAAACCUAUCACACCCAGUGAAGAAUGGGACUGCGAACCCCCUAGUCCCCACCCCACCCUUCCUUCCUCUCUCGGGGGGCUAAAAGUCUGCCACGAGGAAACCCCAACAGCAACAGACAGGGUAACCUUCCCUGGGAGAUGCAGCUCCUCCUCGUCCUGGUGGCCCUUCUCCUGCCCCCUGCGGCCAGAGCAGCGGAGAUCAUCGGGGGCCGAGAGGCCAGACCCCACUCCCACCCCUACAUGGCAUUUCUUCGAGUCCAAACUCCCAUGGGAGGAAGUGCUUGUGGAGGGUUCCUGGUGCGAGAAGACUUUGUCAUGACAGCAGCUCACUGCUGGGGAAGAUCUAUAAAUGUCAUCUUAGGAGCCCACAACAUUAGGAGACCAGAAAAUACCCAGCAGCGCAUGUCUGUCCUCAGAGCCAUCCGCCACCCUGGAUUUAACCUGCAGAACCUAGAAAAUGACAUCAUGUUACUGCAGCUGCAAGAUAGAGCCAGACGGAAUCGAUUUGUGAGGCCAGUGUCUCUGCCUCGGACCCGGGCCGGGCUGAGACCAGGGUCCCAGUGCACUGUGGCUGGCUGGGGCCUGGUCAGUCAGAACAGGCGAACAGACACACUCCGUGAUGUGCAGCUGAGAGUGCAGAGGGAUCAGGUGUGCAGAAGGCAAUUUAACAGCUACAACGGCCGACGCCAGAUUUGUGUGGGAGACCAGCGGCAGAGGAAGAAUCCCUUCCGGGGGGACUCCGGGGGCCCCCUUGUGUGUAACAAUGUGGCUCAGGGCAUUGUCUCCUAUGGAAGCAGAGUUGGGACUCCUCCAGCAGUCUUCACUCGGGUUUCCAGCUUCCUUCCCUGGAUAAAUAGGACAAUGAGACGCUUCAAACUGCAAGGGAUCAAAAGAGACGCCCGCCAACCCUCCUAUGAUUGA